UUAAGUGCUUCUCCCCAAUAUCAUCCUUGAGAUUUCACAAAUGGCAAAUCAUAAGCUUAUUGAGCAAACUGUUGUUUUUCCAUCAACACCAAGAACAACAACAACUUUUCUUCCUCUCACAUUCCUCGACUUGCCUUUUGCAGGUCCAGUCUAUGUUGAACGCUUAUUCUUCUAUCACUUUCCUCAUUCAACAACCCAUUUUUCUAAAACAACACUUCCAUCUCUCAAACACUCUCUUUCUCUUACUCUUCAACAUUUCUUCCCUCUUGCUGGAAAUCUUCACUGUCCUCUACCACCCCACAAACCUUUUAUUCUUUGCACUCAAAAUGACUCCGUCACUUUUACCGUCAUCGAAUCUUCAGCAAAUUUCAACCAUCUCUCAACCAACCAACACCCCAAAAAUCUCCAAGACUUUAAUCACCUUGUUCCAAAACUAACAGAAAAAACAACAUUUGAUGAUGGUAAUGACAUAUUCAUCUUUCCGUUGUUGUCUUUGCAAGUCACGGUUUUCCCCAACCAUGGUCUUUGCAUUGCCAUCAAAUAUUGCCAUGUGAUGGAUGAUAACUGUUGCAAUCAUUUAAUGAAAUCUUGGUCUUUUAUCCAUCGUAAAGGUGAUGUAGUUGACUUCAAGUCGCAACCUUGUUUUGACAGACAAGUUUUGCGAGACCCAGAAGGACUUGAAGAUUUAUUCUUAAAAGGCUAUUAUGAAAAAAGAAAAACAUGGGAGGAUAAUAGACUCAUUGGUAAGACUCAAAGUAUUGAAAAACAUGAUGAAGAUUGUGUUAAGGCAAUUAUUGUUUUCGGAAAAGAAGAAAUCGAGGGGAUGAAAAAAUGGGUAUUGAAUGAAUGGAAGAAAAAAGAUCAAGAAAUCCAAGCACCACAAUUUCUAUCUAAAUAUGUUGUAACUUGUGCUUUUGUUUGGGUUAGUUUGGUUAAAGCAAUGCAUAGAAGUAAUCAUAAUAUUGAUGAAAAAGACGAGUAUUUUUGUUUCACAGGUGAUUGCAGAGACAGACUAGGGUACACAAUACCGGAGGGGUAUUUCGGAAACUGUUUAGCGUUUAAUCAUGCAACGAUGAAGAGAAGAGAUGUGAAAGGAGAAGAUGGUUUUGUGAAUGCUGUUAAGGUAAUUGAGAAGGCAAUAACUGAGAUGAAAAAUGAACCUCUUAAAGAUGCAACAAAAUGGGAAGGUUCAGCUAAAAAGAUAGGUGAGUUUGGAAAUUUGUUAUUUGUAAGGGGGUCACCUAAGUUUAAUGUUUAUGAGACUGAUUUUGGAUUUGGAAAACCAGUUAAAGUUGAAAUGAUGCAUUCAUUAAAGUGUAUGUCUAUUGCUGAAAGUGGAGAUAGAGAAGGUGGACUUGAGGUUGGGUUGGCAUUCAAAUCUGAGGAUUAUGAAUGUUUCUCUUCUGUCAUUCAACAAGGACUACAAGCUUUGAAAUUUUAAUUGGUUCGUGAGUGUUUUAUCUUUUAAUGUGAAUUUUGGAUGGGAAAUGUAGUACUCCAACAAUGAAUCAUGGAUUGUGGGUUUUGAUUGAUAAUUUGAGAUUGAUUUAACUCUUCAAUCCAAAAUGUAUAAUAAUGAUGAACUUUUGAUUUAUAUUGAGUAAACUUUGGAUA